AUGAGUGUAGACUGUACCCAGUUGGGAGGAGAGCAGUUCGCACCCCACUGCUGCCCUGCCAUGAUACUGAACCCUCUCUUUGUGGCGGUGGUGGUGGUGUUUGCUAGUGCUGUCACUAGCUGCCCUGUCCUGUGCACAUGCCGCAACAACCAGGUUGUAGAUUGCAGUGGACUUCGGCUCUUUUCUGUGCCACCAGAUCUUCCAUUGGAUACAAGAAACCUCAGCCUAGCACACAAUCGCAUCACUGCCAUUCCUCCUGGAUAUCUAACAUGUUACUCUGAGCUGCGGGUGCUGGACUUGCGAAACAACUCACUUUUUGAGUUACCCAUUGGACUAUUCUGGACAUCCAAACACCUGUCGCACUUGGAUUUGAGCUACAAUAACUUCAGCCAUGUGGUGGCAGAUAUGUUCAAGGAAGCCCACCGUCUGGUACACAUUGACUUGAGCCACAACCCCUGGUUGAGAAAAGUGCACCCUCAGGCUUUCCGAGGUCUGGUCCAACUUCAGAACCUUGAUCUCAGCUAUGGGGGUCUCUCAUUCCUCAGCCUGGAAGCUCUAGAGGGCCUCACGGGUUUGGUGACUCUUCAAAUUGGAGGCAAUCCCUGGGUAUGCAGCUGUACCAUGGAGCCACUGUUGAAGUGGUUGAGAAACAGGAUCCAGAGAUGCAUGUCAGAUACUCAGCUGGCUGAGUGCCGGGCACCCCCUGAAGUAGAGGGAGCCCCUUUGGUUUCUCUGACAGAGGAGAGCUUCAAGGCCUGCCACCUGACCUUGACACUGGAUGAUUAUCUCUUCAUUGCCUUUGUGGGCUUUGUGGUCUCCAUCGCUUCAGUUGCCACCAACUUCCUACUAGGCAUCACUGCCAACUGUUGCCACCGUUGGAGCAAGGCGAGUGAGGAUGAGGAGAUAUAG